UCCCGACCGGCUCCGCGCCUUCCCGCCGCCGGCAGCCCCCCUACGAGGUUGUCCCCUGUCGUCGCCCGGGAUCUGCUGAAGCCGCUGCCUCCCGGUAACCCACCCCCUUUCCCGCCCCGCAUUCCCGGUGGGCGUCUGAGGGCGGCGGCGCGGGGCCCGGCCUGCCCCUUCGCCGGUCCGAGAGCGGGCGUCCCUCGCCAUGACAGAGCAGGAGAAGGCAGAAUGGGAGAGCCUGAACAAGGUAUUAAUGCGCCACGGGUUGAAACCAGUGAGUUUUGCUGUCCCCCAAGGCUGCGGAAAUAUACCGGAUAUGAUUGUCUUGGACAGUCAGGCUUCUCUAGGAAUAAGGCUUGCAUUAAAAACGCUGGUGGAAGACACGGACCGGCAGCAGAAAAUGAUGCAGGGGCUUAUGGAGGCUAAUCGUGGUCUUAGAGAUGAGAUACGACAGGAACGAGGUCGGGCAUCUCGACAAGAGCAACGAGCUAAUGAUUUGGAAAAUGUGGUGAAAAACAUCAAGUCCAAAAUUUGUCAGCUGGAAGAUGAGACGAUAGCUAAAGUUUGCCAGCAACAGAAUCAAGUCAAAGAACUUCAGAGAGAUCAACAGGCUUCACAGGCAACAUACCAACAGCAGCAGGAAAAGCUGCAAGAGCAGGAGGAGAUUAUUGCCCGUUUGCAGAGGGAGCUGUGCAAAGUUGGGAUAGAAGAGCAGCAGCGUGUUUCCACUCAAAAAAAAAUGUUCUGUCGGUUUUGCAAAAGAGCUCCCAAGUCUCUUCUAGAUCAGCAGCUCCUUUCUCUCAUUGAUUAUUAUGAAUCUCAAAUUAGUCGAAUGAAAAAGGAGCUAAGGCAGAAUUACUGCAUUAGCUGUGCUCAGUCAACUGAUCUCCCUAAACAAAAGGAAUACCAGCUUUUCAGCUCUAUCGUGGUGCCUACAUGGUACAAAGCAACAAGCAGGCAAUAUAAAAAAGAUGAAGACCAGGUACAGAGAGAAGUAAACAGCAAGGAAGAAUUCUUAAAUCUAGAUGCUACUCCUAAUUAUAGAGCACUGCUCACGUCUUUCCAGAAACAACUUAUUGAAACAAAAGCCAGGAAUGAACAGCUUUUGCUUGAAAAUCUAAAUCUCAAGAAAGAUCUGGAAAUAAGACCAACUGCACAGGAAUUAAAACUUUACAAGCACCAAGUGAAGAAACUAGAGAAAACUUUACAGAAAACUAUCCAAUCGUCGGGGAGCAGCAAUGGAGAAAGAACAGAAGAAAAGAAGGAACCUGCGAGAAGCGCAGGAGCAGAUCAGCUGCAGGCAGUUUGCCAGCAAUACUUCCAGGUGUUGUCCCAUAUCGAUUCUAUUUUGCGAAGUCCAAGAGCUCCUCCGUUGAUAUACAGGCGCAGUAAAGGGCCAGUGCAAAACUCUACUAAGGAGAAUGGACAGGAAUGUGGGUUUGAGCACCUCCCACUUACUAUAGAAAUGUGGGCAGAUCAGCUCAUGGCCCUAAAGGAUUUGCAUAGGUCCUUGAGAAAACUGUCUCUGGAGCUGGUGCCCUGGCACACUGCAGAUCCACAGGAUAACAGAGAAUCCAUACGAGUUGAAGACCUCCAGUUCAUAGUAGAUGCAAUUUUGGAAGAAAUAGAAAAUAAGGAAAAGAACAGCCAGACACCAUCCCUGCCAACCCUGUUUGGGAUAGUCUCUCACUUCCAGAAGCUCUUCGAUGUGAAUUCUCUGAGCGGCGUUUAUCCCCGGAUGAAUGAGGUUUACACAAAGCUGGGGGAAAUGACCAACGCCAUGAGAAAUCUCCACGAGCUCCUGGAACUAGACAGUUCAGCUCCGCCCACUGUGGUAGUGGAUACUGUUGGGAAACUGUGUGACAUAAUUAAUGAGAACGUGAUCCAGCAGGUACAGCAGCUUCUGGGGACCCAAGACAUCCACAGUAUAAUCAGGAAGCUAGAAGAACACGAGUGCUUCUUUCCACCAUUUCAAGCUCUCAUUCAAGAUUUACUUUGUCUUCUAGAGAUCAGUAACCUGGAUGAGAUUUUACCUACUGUGCGAAAUUUGAAAUUGGUAACUAGUUAAGAGUUCACUUUGCUCUUCUCUAGCAAGAUUUCUCUUACCUGUGAAUGUACCCCUUGAUGUAUAUGACGUUAGAGCUACCUCUGUUACCCUCAUCAACAGUUUCAGAUAUUUUUUUUGACAUAAAUAAAAACUGCUGCGUUUUUUUCAUUUUUCUUAA